GUUCCGGGCUAGCGUCGCUUUCGGGGUGCUGGCGGCCGUGCCCCGCGUCCGGACUGACCCGGAGGACGAGCCGGGACUCGAGUUGUUCUGUCUAACUGGUAAGAGGAACAGGUCCGAGCACGGCGGCGAAAGUUGCUCGGCCGAGGCCGACCGAACGGGCUCAGGCACCUUGGCGUCCGGGACCCCAUCCCACCGCCCGCAGGCGCCAUGAAGGCUCUCAUCCUGGUGGGCGGCUACGGGACGCGGCUACGGCCGCUGACGUUGAGCACCCCGAAACCACUGGUGGACUUCUGCAAUAAGCCCAUCUUGCUGCACCAAGUAGAGGCGCUUGCAGCGGCAGGCGUGGACCACGUGAUCCUGGCCGUGAGCUACAUGUCACAGGUGCUGGAGAAGGAAAUGAAGGCUCAGGAGCAGAGGCUGGGAAUCCGAAUCUCCAUGUCCCAUGAAGAGGAACCUUUGGGAACAGCUGGACCCCUAGCACUAGCCCGAGACCUGCUCUGUGAGACUUCAGACCCUUUCUUCGUCCUCAACAGUGAUGUCAUUUGUGAUUUUCCCUUUCAAGCUAUGGUGCAGUUUCAUCGGCACCAUGGCCAGGAGGGCACCAUUUUGGUGACCAAGGUGGAGGAACCUUCCAAGUAUGGUGUGGUGGUAUGUGAGGCUGACACGGGUCGCAUUCACCGGUUUGUGGAGAAGCCACAGGUAUUUGUGUCGAAUAAGAUCAACGCAGGCAUGUACAUCCUGAGCCCUGCUGUGUUGCGACGCAUCCAGCUGCAGCCAACUUCCAUUGAGAAGGAGGUCUUCCCUGUUAUGGCCAAGGAAGGGCAGCUAUAUGCAAUGGAGCUGCAGGGCUUUUGGAUGGACAUUGGGCAACCCAAGGAUUUCCUCACCGGCAUGUGCCUCUUCUUGCAAUCAGUGAGACAGAAGCAACCAGACCGGCUGUGCUCAGGCCCUGGCAUUGUGGGCAAUGUGCUUGUGGACCCAAGUGCCCGGAUUGGCCAGAACUGCAGCAUUGGCCCCAAUGUGAGCCUGGGUCCUGGCGUGGUGGUGGAGGAUGGUGUGUGCAUACGGCGGUGCACGGUGCUUCGGGAUGCCCAUAUCCGCUCCCACUCCUGGCUAGAGUCAUGUAUUGUGGGCUGGCGCUGUCGUGUUGGCCAGUGGGUGCGCAUGGAGAACGUAACAGUGCUGGGUGAGGAUGUCAUAGUUAACGAUGAACUCUACCUCAAUGGAGCCAGUGUGCUGCCCCACAAGUCUAUUGGUGAAUCAGUGCCCGAGCCUCGUAUCAUCAUGUGAGGGAGUAUGUGGGGGCUGGCUGAGAGCCCCCACUUCCUUGUCAGCAGGGGGAGGCACUGUCAUGACACAGCAGAAGGCCCUGGACUUGUGUCUGGGGAGGACUGGAUGAGGCGGCACCCAUGGGACACCUGCCUUCCUUCUCAUGUGGACAGAAACUGGCAGGGUACCUGCUGGGCACUCCCCACAAACCCCUCUCCCUCAAAAAGGGCCGGGGUCAGGGUUGUAUGGAAUAAUAAUUUAAUGUUCACUG